AAUAACAAAGUUAAAUAUGCCCAAUGCAAUGUAUAGGUGAUCUCCAAUGGCUUGCGAUAUUUCCUAAUAUUUUAUAAACGAAAAUUCUUUUUACUUGUAACUAUAAGAUGUAAUCGAAAUUCGAAGGACAAUAGAAAUGGGUUCGAGAGUACGAGAAACAGCACGAUAUUUAUUUGAAUUAUUUUGUGAGGUAUCACCUGGUGACCAAGCAAAGGAUGCAUAUAUAGUAAAAAAAUAUCCAGAGUCAUACAGAAAUGAAGAAGAACUCAAGAAUAUUCCUAAAUUUACAUUCCCUUGUGAACUUGAAAGAAGUUUCAUUCAACAUUAUUCUUUUGUAUUAACAUCUGUGGACUCAAAGUAUACAUUUUGUUUUUGCCGAUAUGAUCCAAAAGCAAAUACAUCAUUUGUAUUUCUAUCCCACUUACCAUGGCAUGACAUUUUCUACAAGUUGUUAAACUGCAUUGCAAAUCUAGUUAACAGUCCUGAAAGUAGAGAGCUGGUGUCAUUUUUGGAAGCAUGUAGAAUAAGGCCACCUAUGCCUGGACAUACAUUGAAAAUAACAUAUAAUGCAGGACUUAGUGUUUUCUCCUGUCAGAGUCCAGAUAAUAAGCUUCCAAGUAUUCCGGAAAAUUGCAAUCUCACGGAAUAUUUUAGCGCAAUAGACACAAAAUGUAUGGCAGGUCUGUGGGCGGCAUUGCUACAUGAGAGAAGAGUAGCAAUAGUAGCCUCGAAGCCAUCUCGUCUCUCGGCUUGUGUGCAAGCCGCUAAUGCAACAUUGUUUCCGAUGACAUGGCAACACAUCUUUAUCCCCAUUUUACCGAAACAUUUGAUUGACUAUCUCGCAGCGCCAAUGCCAUAUCUUAUUGGUGUACCUAGAACGGUUAAGGAGAUGACACAGGGGUCUGAAUUAGCCGACGUGGUUAUAUUAGAUGUUGAUGCAAAUAAACUUGAUACACCUUUUAACGAUUUGGAAACUCUGCCGCCUGAAUUGGUUGCAAGUUUGAAAAAAGCUUUAAGUGAUAAAAAUGCACUAGGUGACACCGUCUCAAGAGCAUUCCUACGUGCCCUAGUUUGUCUGAUUGGCGGAUACAGGGAUGCUAUAAGAAUCGAGAAGGGUCAGCUAAUAACAUUCAAUCCAGAGGCUUUUGUGAAAACUAGAAAGAACAUGCAGCCAUUCUUAAAUAAAAUACUGCAGUCGCAGAUAUUUCAACAGUUUAUAGAUGAAAGGCUGGAACUGCUAAACUCUGGAAGAGGUUUUAACGACGAGUUCGAAGUGGAAUGCAAUAACUAUGCAGAUAAAUUGAAUACGGGCAGUGGGCAGCGGCUUAAACAACAGUAUCGAGAUUGGGCAAAAAAUGUUAAAAAGGAAGGUGGUGCUUUUUUCAAGAACGUUAAAAAUAAGGCCAGUCCCGCUGUCCAAUCGGCUGUAAAAACGGUUCGUCAAGGGGGAAGAAAUGUGAGAUCUGCAGUGAGAGAUUUAAAAAACAAAAUCCCCAAAACGGGGUCACGCCCAUCCUCUUCAAACACUACUGAUGAGAACAGGUUCUCAUGCAGUUCGGCCACACCGCUCUCGUCAGACUCGUCGUCAUCGUCGACGCCGAUCCACGGCUCACCCCCUCUGGAGCCGCCACCUUCCCUCCCCCUUGAUCUUCUCCCAGAGAUGGAGUUCCUUUUUACAAGCAAGCGACACGACAUGUUUCCUAACAACACGCGCAAUGAACCAAGCUCUGAAAAUCUCAAAACAAUGACACAACAAAACCCACCCCGCUUACCAAAACGCCCCGCAACCCCAGUCCGAUACCCAAUAAUAUUUACGAGGAAACUGGUCGACCUCUCUGACGCUCCAACGCCGCCGCCUAGGAGUACUCAAGCGCCAUCGACGCCGCAUUUUAUUAGUAACAUCGUCAAAAACGACACGCCGGCGGCCGAAUUCCAUACAAGCACGAUUCGCUUCUCAGAAGGCGGCGACAAAGCCAAGUUGAAACUAACGCUGUCGAAUAAAAAGACACAGUCGACUAGUAACAGCAAUGGCAACGUUGUUAGGCUACCAGCCGUUAUUGUUCCUCGACCGGCCGCGCCGGAUCGACCUUACGCAGUCAAUGGGAAAGUGCAAGAGUCUGUUAGCUCUGAUGAGGAUCUAAUCAAACUAGACGAUGCUUCGACUUAUGAAGACUUUGAUCCGCUGAAAUGCCGUGACACUAAGAAAACAAAUGAAAAAUUAAGUGCAACCACGGAUAGUGCCCUAUUGCACGAAUACGGCUUAGAUUUCAGUAGUUUUUGCAUGAAGAGCUCCAACACGAUGCAAGGAACUUCGACGAGUGUACCUAAGGGUUGGACAACAUUUAAUUGAUGUUUGUCUUACCUACAUAGAUAAUGGGCCUCAUCUUAGCAAAGGUCGUAGCGAAAAAUGUAGAUUCGUUGUAGUCCGUUGUUGCAUUUAUAAGUUACACCAUUUUCGCAGGAUUCUAGAGUCCUGUCUUGUUUUCGAGUGUGUAAGUGUAAAGUCUAAUUACACUAAAGUUUAAACUUAUAUAUUUUAAAAAUUAUUGCAAUCCAGUAAAACAAUACAAGGCUGAACCAUAAAAUCCAUAAAAAUACAAAAUAAAAUUUUAUAAAUCUGUUUUUUUUUCAACAAAUUCGGCAUAAUACACAGUUUUCAGUGAUUAUAUUAUUUUUUGCUCUCAAAUAUACAACAAGCAAACUGGGAGUUUCAUAAAGUAUUCUUUUCGCGUCGCACUUAGGUACUAUUUAGCGAUACUUGAUAUUAUCUACGCACUUUUCUUCUGUGUAUCAAGAACGAAGUUGGAGAAAUUGCCUAUCUAAAUUUCGAUCCAUAGUUUGAUUUUAAGCUUCUUAAACAGUUCUUUCACGAUCAACAAAACGAACCAAACAUCCGACCAGACCUCAUAAUAUCUAAACUAACCCAUAGUAAUAAUCGUUUCUUUAAUCUUUUAACAAGUGGUAGGUUUUACACUGGCUUCAUUCUCUAUUGUUAAGCAGUAAUGUGCAAACAUUAUUGAGUUUAGGUUUGAACAGCGCCGCAGCCAGUUAAAUUGAUAGGCUUAAUUUGACUCGUCACUCGUCAGUGCAAUCGUGAUGCCUGCUGCAUGCUGAGCGGUACUGCAUUGUAAUGGACAGGGCGUUUCUCUUACAUUUAGGUCUUGCUCAUUAAAAAUCUAAAUAGUCACUAUCCACGCCGUCGACUUUAAUGUGGGUCAGGAAACAACUUCAUUUGAAAUGUUGAAGUCUUUGUUACUUCGUGGCUGUAUGGCGAGCGUGCUCUGGCAUAAGUGCAGUCGUUUAUAAUGUAGCUUAUAUUGUAUGAAAGCGAGUGAGUUCUUGUCACAGCCUAGAUAAGUAGAUAAAGUCUUCCAACACAUUUUUGAUCAGUGUAAUAGAAUAUCCGUGUCUUUUUUGAGAAUAACAUUAUAAAUGCAACAACUAACUCGAUUAAUUUACGUUAUAUAAUUAUUACAAUUGUUUGUGAUUUUAAAUUACACUCGAAACUCUAAUACCUAUUUAUUACGCAUUAUUUAUAUUGGUUGAUAACUGUACAUUAUGUUACAUACUACCAUUAGUUUAGUAAAUUAUAUUUAACUGAUAUUUUUAUGUUUGUAUAUUUGCAAUUGUGUAAGUAUUAGCGUUGAAUAGGAAACCUUGCUCUAGUGAUUUGGUGAUAGAUAUUAUAUUAUUAUAAAUUAAUCAUUAUUAUAGGUAACACAGAAAACCCUUUUUGUUUUAGAAUAACAUUUCUCUGUUUUAACUAUUUUACUCAAUUGUCAAAAUAGACUGAUUAUCUAAUACCAAACACCCAUUGUCCUUACGAACAAACAAGUAGUGGUGUGAUUUAUCUGCUUUACCGUACGCACACUGAAGUACCGUCGUUUAAUAUGUGUUGCAAAAUAUCACACACCACCAUCUAAUGCACCGAUGAUUUAUGGCGCCACGGAGGACAUCGAGUGUUUGUAAUAAGCAUUAUACACAGAACAGCGAACUAUAUCACGACUCUAGAAGGAGUGCCAGUUCUCUGCACUGUGGUAAUAAAGAUAUUGCAUAUUCUUUAUUCAAACUUUCAUUUAUUAAUCCAUUUUUAUUCAUUCUUCCUACUUUUAUUAAUGUUCUUGUAAUCGUAAUGUCUAAUGUCGUAUGUAUUUAGUUUGAUUAAUUGAAUUUUAUUGAAGUAUUAGUCUUGGAUAAUUUAUGCGUCCAGAUAGACUGCGGUAGCUUCGAACUCUUCGAAAAAAAUAGCGGCUAACUGUUAAACUCACGCUCACGUAUAGAGAGUGUAAGACGUAGCUGUCAUGUACACUUAAGUAAGAAACCAGGCCUGUUGUCAUCUGUCUGGCUCUAUCUAGACGUAUAAAUUAUCUUAGGCUAAGGAACUCUUUCACAUUGUCCAAGUAAAGUGGCAGAUUGUCGCAGGCUAGAUAAAUUAAUGGCUUCAUAAAAGCUCCAUAUAUAACAGAUUGCGUUUCACAACCACUAUAUUUAAUUUCUAGAUUACUUAUCUGGCAGAUCGGUCUAACAACCUUGCACUCAAUAGUUCCGUUUGACGGAAUUAAAAUAUUAAAAAAACUGUUUUUUAUACGAAAUAAGGUAACACAAGCCUAAUAGCUUUUAACGCCUAAAUAGCACUUCUUCCACUAUUUUCACAAUAAAAUGAAUCAUCACAUAAUUGUAUUCCGCUUUCUUGUAACGAAAUUUGAGAAUGUCAACUAAUCAAUAGCCAGUAGCCUUUCUAAAUUGUCAAUAAGUCAUAACAUAAACUAACCAUGUGCCUAACAAUAUAGUAAAGGAGCCCAAGAGAUUUUGGGAUUUAUUCUAGUGCGUCAGAAUAACAUAAUAGGGACAAACUUGCACCUUGUGAAGUACUCCCAACAUACCUGACCCCUGUGUAUAGGGUACGUCUAGAGCAGCCGAUCAGAUUACAAAAAAAAUCGAUCCUUAGAACUUGAACUCGAGCUCGUCAGAUUGAUUUCUCGAUUUUUUUGCAAUUUCAGAAAUCAGUCAUAACUUAUGGUCAUGUCCAGGAAAAAAAAAAAGAAUUUUUUCCUAUUUUCUACCCCUUCGUUUGGUCACCCUUACCAUGCAAGCCGGCAGAUUAAUAUUUUUCCAUCAUCAGUAAUACGCGGGGCGCAUACACUAUUAAUAUCUGAAGCGCUUGAAUAUUUCUUUGUGACUGCUUUUUACAUUGUUGUACACGCUCCCCCCACCAGUGACUGAUAACAUAUCAUAUAAACUUUUUCUUUCUAGCAUCUAACCUACACAAUCCAAUAGGUGCCCACGACGCUCGAGUAAAUCCCUAUUUAGUCUCUUGGGCUCCCCUAUCAUUAUGUAAAUUGACAUUUUUUUUGUCAAUUACUUUUCACUCUGUCAGGCGAUCCAUCAGAUAACUAUGAUAAUAUCUGCUACUACAUCGAUUCUAUAAUUAAAAUGGCCCUUACCUGCUAGAUAACACUAUCUAUACAUUGUGAAACGCAAAUGAUGUAUUAAUUCGAUAGGUAAGUAGCAAGUAGCCUAUCAGGAACUUUACUUGGACAUGGUGAAACAGCCCCUCAAUAAUUUAAAUGAUUUAUUUAACCUCGCUCCUAUCUUAUACAAUACCUUUGGUGUGUGUUUCUUACUAUUCGAGAUGUUGGUGUUUGAGCAUUGCCAACUGUUUAUUUUUGAAGUUAUACUUCAUUAGGCGCGUUUUGAAAAAAAUGAUGAGUGAAAUAUUAAGAUGCGCGCGCAUCACUGUAACACAAAAGUAACAGGUUGAAGUUUGUUCCUAAAAUUUUCUGACGUUUGCGUCAUUCGUUAUUUUUUUUGGUUUUUUCGUCCAUUAUUAGGACAGCCAAAGGGUAUGCAGCCGUAUUAUAUUAUUUAAUAAUUAAUUGUCAAAGCCAUCUUUGCAAGAUUUUACAAAAUCGUUCUUUCUAAAAACACAGAAUAGCAUGAGGAAUAAAUAAUUUUAAUGAUUUUUACUUCGUUAGGCCAAAUAAGUAUAACUUCUUGCGUGCAAACAUAAAUACACACACACUUUUUUUCUUUUAUUAAUUCGAGUGUUAUACAUUUAAAUAAUACUUUUUAAAGGAUUAAAACGCGUCUAAUUGUAACUUUGUUUUUAAAUUAGAUUUUGCGUAAACGCUACAUUUUUACUAUUAUUUUAGCUAACCCGACACUUCGAGACCUUUUCAGAUCUCGUUUUCAGGGAGAUUGCAGUUGAAAUGAUUCAUGAUAGUAUUUGGCAUAGUUCUCAUUAAGAAGCUUAGCGCCUUUUAUUUCUACUGUAGACAGAUGAUUUUGCCAAAAACUUUAAUUUUAACUUUUACACAAAAUCUAAUGUAACAACACAGUAACAAUUGCACUCGUUUUAAUCCUUUAAAAAGUGUUUUAUUUAACUACCUAUUUGUUGGUAUUUUAAUGCGAAUUAUGAAUUGACUCAUUUAAAAGACACGAUUUAGAGUAUAUUUUAGAUAUGAUGACGUCAUAUUAAUCGCCAACGCCUGUGGCGUGGGUUGAACCUUAUAUUUUUUUAAAUAAAUUUUAUUAUAACAAUAAUUGUAAAGCUUUAUUAUUUUAUGUGUAUAUUCUAUGGUUGAUAGAUAUUAUAAGUUUCUCAAGGCUUGAAUUAAUAUGAGUCUAGUAUAAUUUUACCUUGUUAUAUAACUGUUCAUUUUAAUUAUUGAAUUUGAGCUCGUUAAUGAUUUUGUUUAAUACUUUUGGCGAGAUUAAUUAUAUUUAUAGGAAAACAUAGGUUAAAUCACAGUAACAGAAACAAAUAAUUGGCGCGUGUAUUCUUCCUACCCAUUUAUCUGACAUUGUACUCUCUCAUACUAAUGUCAAACAUUUGCUGCCGGAGGGGGAGGGGGGUGUAAUUGUUGUUGUCGAUGACGUCACAUCAUCGCUUUUUAUGGUGUGCAAAACAAGCAUCACUAGGAUUGGUGUAAAAGUGUUGUGUUGUCAUGCUGAUUAUUAUAAUCAAAAUGAUGAAAAAUAAACGAAUGAAUCUGGGAAUAGUUAAAAAAGUAUUAUUUUUCUGGCAGUACUGUUAUAAUGACACACAAAAACAGAUACUACAGAUCUAUUAAUAACAAGUCAAACCGUAACAAUGAAAACAUCAAAAACAGCAAUAAUAGCACGAAAGGAGGAUGGCGAGAAUGGACCCACAUAAUUUAAAAAUUAAGGAUUUCAUAUGCGCUAAGAUAUGGGAGUCAAAAGAAAGAAAUUAUUAUAAUUUAUUGAAAAAUAUGUAAUUUUGCUCUAACGGAACGCUUUGCGCAAUUGACAUCAACAAACAAACUAUCGAACUAUCGAUACCUACCUACUAAUCAGUAGUAAUUCACAAUAAGAUUAUUAUGGUUUUUUGAUACUAAAUGAGUAGGUAACUUCUUUAAAAGUAUUAUACCUGUUCGAAAAACAAGAAUCCUCAAUUAUUAGCACUUUUUGCUUAUAACAUUAACUAUCCCACUGCUGGCUCACCUUCCACACACACACACACACACAUAUAUAUAUUAUCUUUUAGCAGACAGUAAUUAGGCAUAGACAUAAGAUACAAAUUAUUAAUUGAACAAUAGAUAUCGUUUAAUAAUUUUAGGUUAUAUUUUACUUAUAAGUAUAUAUUUUUUCUCCCACUUUUUCGACUUACUUACGAUUUGCUUUUUUCUUAGUUUUGUUACGUUCGACAAUUAUUAAUAAGUUUCCAUGAUGUACGCCACUUCUUUCAGUGGGUCCCAAAAUACAUGCAUACUUGCCAUCCUUUUCAUACCAAUCGUACUAACCCAUCAGGAUGAACUCGAGGGGAUGAAAGGGGAACGGGAGGACACGUUCCAGCGAGGUCCGGAGAUAAUGUGGCCUUGUAGUACAUUGUUAACAUUAUAAACACACAAGUAAUAUAACAUCAAUAUUAGUUAUAGAUAUCCUAGGACCUAGAUGGAUGAAUGUAUGACUCGAGUAUCACGCAUAGAAAAUAAAUAAUUAUAUAAAAACAUGCCUAGAUGAAGAGUUUUUCAGAAAUGGAAUCGGAUCCAGAUAUUCAGCCAUAAUGGUUUAAAUGACUUUUGUAUUAGUAUUUCUGGUUCAAUCAAACUACUGUAUCAAUCUCUUAUAUAUAAAUAAAAAGUUACAAUGCUUUUAGUAACAAUACUAGGUAUAAUAUAAGAUAAAUGCAACACUAUGAGGUAAAUCUCACAGCGUGUCUUUAUGUGAAUUCCUUUCUCCCUUCUAUUUUUAUAAUUACAUAUAUCUUUGUAAAAGUAUCAUUACCAGGUUAACGAAAAGCUAUGUAUGUAAAAAUGCUUGCAAUACAAGUAUUGCAUUUAAAACUUCUUGCAAGAAAAGUAUUGUAUGUAUAUUAUUAAAGCUUGGUUUUAACAUAUACCCCCUUAUUCAUAAUGGUCCGCUAACUUUAAAAAAACCGCUUAAGAGUGUUUUUUCUUAUUCUGACUUAGGUCAAUAGAAGGAGACAGAGUGAGAAUUAGCAAUGCUUUAAGUUAGCAGACUAUUAUGAAUAAGGGGGAUAGAUGUUAGAGUGCCUAUAGGGGCUCUUAGCAACAAGUGCCUAAGCUAUUUACGCUCUUAUUAAAUUAUCAUAUUGUGAUGGGAAUACACUGAUACAAUAUAAACUAAACUGAUCCAAUAACAACAUUUUUACACGAAGGUUCGCGAAGGAUGCUAAUGUUGAUGUAUUUUCAUCUCGCCUUCAAGUUAAUCUCAAAGUAUCUGAAGUUUUUACUUUAAACAAAUGAAAAGAUAUGAAGUGACUGUUAUUACGAAUGAUUGACAUUAGUAUGAACUCAUUUAUGAGUAUUGAAUAGUAUCUAUUUGUAUAAGUUGAAAGAUACUGUAUCGAUAAAGUUUUUUUUUAAAUAAUUGUGUUGAAGCCUAUUUAUUGCCCCAAGUUUUGGAAUACAUGUAGGAUAAUAUUAUAGGAGCAAAUUUCGUAAAAUAUCGGCCAAUAUAAUAUGUUAAUAUCGUAAAGGAAGUACAACUAGAUAACAUAAGAUAUUUUCACAAUCAACUUUAUAUUUAUAUGAUAAUAAUUAUUGAAAUACAAAACAGAAAGUUGUUAUACUGUUAAUGGAUAUAUUUAAUUGUUAAUUUCAAUCUACAAAAUUCUUUUUAUAUUACACAUCUGUUAACGGAGCGCACAAUUAAUAGACAAUUAAAUGCUUAUUUUGUUACUA